AUUUGCAUUUUAUUUCCGUCUCCGGUUCCUCUUCGACGGCCGACUCUCAUGGCAGCUAACCAGUGCGUAUCGUAGCGCUGUUUCGAUCAUGAGGUUUUCAUAGGCACCUUUGUUGCAGUCGUUGCAGUCGCUAACUGGACAGCACAGAGUGUAGACGCGAAGUGGCGAGGCUUGUACCAACUUCAGACUGUCUUGUUGCGCUUAGGAUUGUGUUUUAUAGUGCCGUGAGUUUUCAUGUGUUAAGUCUGAUCUGCAAGGAUGUCAUGUGCAACAAUCAGGAUAAUGAGACUGACGGCUUUCUAGUACCAUAAGCAAGUGACUAGCAGCAUGACAAGUGAGGAAGGACCCGUCAAAAUGGCGGCGCAAGAAGACAACGCUGUGAGGAUGGCAGGAUAUCUCGAUAAGAGAGGGAAAAUGAAAUUGGUGUCCACUUGGAAGCGGUACUGGUUUGUGCUGAAACAUCAGUUACUCCUUUAUUACAAGUCCCAGCUGGAAUGCCUCAACCUCUCCGCAUGUCGUGGUUCCCUCAACAUGGGGUUAGCUUCAUGCGUCCGCCCUGGGGCCCACAGAGGUCCUCCUGCAAGUGCUACUCAGGGAUACACCAUAGAAGUAGUUACAAGAACGCAGGUUAUUGUACUUCGAACAAAGGACCGUGGCUUACAGGAGCAAUGGUUGAAAGCUCUCCUUGAAUCAAUGGCCCUUCCCAACAUUUCAACCCCAAUAAAAACUGGUGGAGGGCCAAUUCACUUCCGAUAUUCCAUGGACAAUCUGCCCGUAGUUGAAGAGCUAGAGACAGAAGAGAAACAGAAAACUUUACCCCACCUAACCACGCUCACACGUCAUGACAGCGUGCUUGGGCAUAUUAAACGAAUCAGUGGUCAUUCAUAUGGGGGAAGUCUGGAUACAAUCCUGAAACAUCAACCCAUGAUUCAUGUGCAGCCACAGCGAUCCCCACAGCAGCCAAAAAUCCCACGAAUCCGAGCUGUAGACAGAAUGUUAGGUUUACAGUAUUUAAAAAACUAUGAAAGAAAAGCAUCUUUGACAAAUGAUGUGGCAAAUGAAGAACAAUGCUUGCGUGACUCUACAUAUUUAUUUUCAAAGGAAAAAAUUUCGAAACAAAGUGGAGGACAAGAAAUAAAAUACAAUGAUGUUGCAGUAGACAGACUUAUGGACACAUCAUCCGACUCGGAAGAAAUGAGGAAGAACAACUGUAAGAUAAGAGACGAUCAAAGAAACCAAGAAGCUAAACUAUCAAUUGUUUCAAAGGAAGAAAAUCAAAAUCACGAAAAAUUCAGUAUGAUAAGCACAGAAGAAGCAAGGAAAUAUACUAUUAAUUUCCUGGAGAACCAGAGAUAUUUAUCUUCCUUGGAAAAUGAAGUAGAUAUUAUCGUUGAAAACAAACUCUAUGAGACAACUAAGGAGGCAGAGUGUGAUAAUGAUGAACAUGAAACUGAAAACAAAUUCUAUGAAAAAGUCAAGCAUGGUGAAGAAGGCAAACAGUAUGAUUCUGAAGAAGAAAUUUGUAGCUUUGCACAAGUACACAAUGUUCCUGAAGAUGAAAAAAUGUAUGCAGUUGUGUCAGUUGACACAAAUGGAAUGAAAGAAGUCCAGAGAAAUGAGGGAGAUUCAGAAGAUAACGGGGAGUAUGAUUACUACUCUAGCUAUACUAGAGUUUCACCGGUGCAUUCGCUGUCAGAGCAGCUCAACAGGACCACUCUAGAACCUGAUUUACCACCUCGACCAUCAGUGGGUACUGGUGAUUCAUCUAAAAAUCAACAUAUACAGCAAACCUCUAAAGCUGAGGAUGAAGAAGCAGAUUAUAGUGAAUAUUAUGAAAGCACUGAUAGUUAUAAUGCCGGGAUUUCUCCCUCACAGUUGUUAUCAUCAGGUGGAGAAAGCUCAACCUCUGAGAAAAAGAGAUCAACAUUACAUGGCAUUAAACUGAAGAAAAAGAAGUCUUCAAGAAAGGAAACGGUUGCUUCAGAGGAUUGGAGUAGUAACAGUAAGAAAAAACACAGAAUGAGUUUCCUACGCCGUAUGUUGAAGCAUUAUCAUAAGAAGUCACAAUCUAAUUUCGAGACUGUGGUAAUUUCUGUUGACCGUGAAGAUAGUGAUGAGCCUGAGUAUGAAACAGUUGAUUAUUCAGCUCCAACUUUGAAAAGUGAAGGUACUGAGGAGAAGUUACAAGAUCCUGUGCCUAGAAGCAACAACAUUGAAAUUCCUGACAAAGAAGUACGUAAGAAGAAGCUGUUUGGAAAACAGAAUCUCCUGAGAAAAGAAACAAUGCUUGAGUUGAAAAUGAAACUAAAGAGUCGUGAUUGUGCAGUGGAGACUGCUCCAACUGCUCCUGCCAAUGAGGACAAUCAGGGGUAUGAAUGUAUUUCACCAGAUGAUCUGCCAGACAGGAAGCCUAUUCUUACUCCAAGAUCUCGCAAGCGAAAUUUGAAUCAAGAUAAAAAAGGCCCUGUGGUAGAGUGCUCAAGAUAUCGAUGCAAUGAUAGCAUCAAUCGGGCAAAUAAGCCUCCAAGUCUCCCACCACGCAAAGUUGCAAGACCUCGUUCUCCAUGGCAUGAUGUUCCUAAAAAUAAUUCUCCAAUCUCUGGUAACUUUCAAGAUCUUGCCACAGCUGCUGGAGAGAAAGUGGAUGAUAUGGGGAAAGAAACACUGGAACCAACCAUUGAAAAACAGUCAGAACCAGAGUUUGGUGAAUGGGAUCAGAAUUUUCAGGAUGAACUUCUAGGUACAUCCCGUGGUUUCUUUUAUAUUCAGAACAAAUGGAAGGCUGCAGAGAUGUCAGGUGAAUGGUGCCAUGACCAACAGGGAAGCAAAGAAACGCCAUUGAUCCAGAAGUCUCCGCAGAAGGAGACAUUCCCUGGGAACAGUAACAACGCAGAAGAAAUAAAGGUGACACAUGAGGGGAGUCCAAGUAGUGAUAGUGUAGGGUGUGAUACUGUGAGUCAUGAACACAAAACUGGUACUGUGUUUGCUGAAAAUACAUGUACUUCUGAUAUUUAUAGUGAUGUCCAUAAAGACCAUCUAUCUGUAAAAAAAUUAAUCCAGAGUUUCAAUCCACACACUGAAAAAGUUACAGACAAACCUAAUUAUUUAUAUAAUAUUGAUGACAAGAAUGUAGAUGAGCAACUAAAUAAUAUAAAUGACAAAACUGGAAAAGUACAGUUGAAUAAUGUUGAAAUAAAAUUCAGUGGUAAUGCUAAACUGGAUAUAGGAUCUACAACAAUGAAACACAAUGACACAACUUGUGACAGAAUUCUUAAUUAUAGCAAUGGCAGCCAUAAUAACUUUAAUAUAAAGACAACAGAUUUCAAAGACCUUUCAGAUGACAUACCUGUAACUCUAAGGAAAUCUCAAAUUGACUCAACAUCUAACAAACAUGAAGUGCCCUUUAGUGAUACUAAAAGCUGCCAAGUGGUAGUCAGUGGUGAGAAUGACAGUCUUUCUUCUAGUCAGCUUUGCAGUGGAAGAGACAUCAAAGAAAUGGAAGAAUGCUCCAAAGACAAGGAAUGUAACACAAAAAAUAACUUCAUCAGCAUCGAAUUUUGUAACAUGUCAACAAAUUCCUCAUCACAACAGGAAAUUAAAACUCUGUUUAACAAUGUUUAUAACCAGAAUAUGCUGAAAAGUGGAAUGGCCAAAGAUCUUUCCCCCAGAGUGGCAGAAAAUGCAGGGAUGGCCCAUGAUGAAGACAUAACGCCUCACUUGAAUCGACAUUCAGAUGAACUGAAUCUCCUACUGGCACAGCUGGCAGAGAUCACAUCUGCUCCCUUGUUACCUCACAGUGCAGCCAGCAGUCUAGUUGACAUUCCUGAGGGCAAGAAACCGAAGCCCCAAGCUGUUGAGUCUUCUCAACGUGGGCCAACACAGCCAGAAUUGUUUGUGUUGGGCCCCAUCAGGAGGAGACGUAACUCAGAUCCUGAUUAUGAUGUGCCUCGUCCACAUGGCUCACUAUUGCACCUACUGCUACCCAAUAGAAUGUCAUCUCGUUCUAGUGACAACAGCCACUCAGGACAAGAAAGUGACAUCAUAGAAGCUACACGUUUCUUUGGAGAAACAGACCUGUCAAGCAAUUCUGCAUGUUCCAGUUUAAGUCUCAGGCACAGUACAAUAUCAGAAGCUGAGAACCAGUCAGAUACGAGCUACUAUGUCAGCAUGGCACCUGACUCCUUAGAAGUGCCUCUAACAAAGGACAUGAAGGAUGUAAUAUACUAAAAACAAAUUAUAAGAUAAUUUAUUGCCAAAAUUUUAAAACAGAUAAUAAUUAUAUAAAUCACCCAAAUGUUGUAAUCCAUAUUCUCAUGUUUCAAACUAUAUUUAAUUCUUUGUUCUAAAAGAUAUAUUUAAAGUGCCUUAUUUACCAAAACUUUCCUUUACCUCUUCUUGUUUUACAAUGAAUGUCACUUCUUGUUCAUAUGAGUAUGUAUCAUUUUUACUGACCCCUGUUUCAGCCACAAAACAGCAAUUGUUCCAGUUUUAGUUGAAUGUUAUUUAUGAAUUUGAGUAAAUCACUUCUGAAUUGGUGAAAUAUAAUAAAUUUUAUACAUACCUGUGUGAAAGGAAUGACACAUGGGAUGUGAAGUGCCUAAUUCUGCUUCAGUAUUACGACUAUUUUAAUAAUGUAGUAGUUGUUACAAUGCUAUUCGUUUCAAAUUGUAUAUUUUAGUAAGUUGUAAAGUAAAUGAUCUGCCUGAAUAAACAUAUAUUAUGACAUAA